UGUUUGUUCGAUUUAUGUACCUUUCGAGAAACUCCUGGGGACGAAACCUUUUCUUGAACUUUACCCGUUCACUCUUAUCUGUCCGCUCUGGCUCUACAUGACAAGCGACCGACAAAAAGGGAAAGGAGACAAUGAGAGAGGGCAGUGAGGGGAGGGAAUCAGGUUACUGUAGCUAGCAGCUUCCCUCUGAAAAUGGGAUUCAAAAUUUUAUUACGGACUUUCCAUUUCUGCUGCGGGUCUCAUGGAGAGCACCUCGGUAGAUGAGGGGCUAAGUCGUCCCCAUCUCUCCAAUUCCAAAUUUGGCGGAAGGAUCCCCUAUUCUCCAACCUGCCGCCUUCUAAAUUUGGGAUGGUGCAGAGACAAGCCCACCAAAUGUGGCAUCCCACCACCACCACCACCCUCUUGCGUCAAGUCGUCGAAAUGAGGCGCUCAGGUUGCCAUAUUGAGAGACUUUCCUGUUUUGGAGGGCUUUGCCCUAUGAUCUUCAUCUUCUUCUUCGUGAAUUCAUGGAAAUGGAGCAUGCCCACCUUGCCAUUUCGAGAGAUUUCCCCGUUUUUGGAGGACUGAGUGGUUCACCCGAUUCUUGGUGGAAUCUGCUGAAGAGGGCGAAAGAUGGGAAGGGGGAAAAUUGAGAUCAAGAAGAUUGAGAACGUGACUACCAGGCAGGUUACCUUCUCGAAGCGCAGGGUUGGGUUGCUGAAGAAGGCGAAGGAGCUGGCAGUCUUGUGCGAUGCGGAGAUCGCUGUCAUCGUCUUCUCGAGCACGGGCAGACUCUUCGAGUUUGCUAGUCAUUGCAUCAAAAAGACUAUUGCAAGGUACAACAAAUCUGUUGAUCACUGUGGUCCUCUCCCAGGUACCGAGAAUGAGAGAUAUGCAGCUGAGGUGAAUAUUUUAAAGGAAGAGAUCAAAAGACUCCGGUUGGCUAACAUGCAGAUGAUGGGAAAAGAACUCACGAAUUUGAGUUUCAAGGAACUACAGAGCCUUGAAUAUCAACUACAUGAAGGAUUGUUGUGUGUGAAAGGAAAGAAGGAGCAACUGCUACAGGAGCAACUUGAACAGUAUCAAUUAAAGGAAAAACGUGCUAGAAGGGAGAAUGAGACACUGCAGAAGCAGGUUCAGGAGCUUCAAGUUUUGCUGCCAGCACAACUGCCAGUGAGACCAUCCAAUGAAUGCAAACCUUUUGAUGCUAUUUGCCAGAAAAAGCAUGACUUGACUGGUGCAUAUAUGCUCUAUGACCCUCAGUUUGUCAAGCAUGAAGAUUCAGAUACUUCUUUGCAAUUGGGCUUGUCUGAUGCAUAUUCUAGAAAAAUUCCUUCUGGCAGGGUGUAUUCUGAUGUAGAUUAGUGAGUAUACUGCACCCAGUUUCCCUUGCGGUGCACAGAUUAAAUUAAGAUUGGUUCCUGUUGCGUGGACCGAAGUUUUGCUCAAUGCUGUUCAUUUGCAUCUAGUGAAGAGUGAUAGAGCUGCUUGGGUUCUCCAAACAUGGAGUUCAUUCUCAAUCUUAUGUAAGUCAAACAGCAUCGAAUUUUGCUGGAUGUAAGUUGCUAGACAAUGUUCUCGAUAGCAACUUCAAAUAAGUUGCUAACUGAUUCCCCCAGAACAACUUUGACGCUGAAACCUUUGGUGUUUGAGGAUAUUUUGUCUCCAGAAAUUUGAGAAGGAAAGUUUCAUUGACAUGAUUAAAAAAGGAUGCCUGGAGAACAGGCCAUUUUCUUAAA